AUGGCCCCAGACCGGCAGUUCCACCUGUUCCCGCAGCUCCCGCCGGAGCUGCGCGAGCUGAUCUGGGCGUUCCACGAGGCGGCCGCCGACCUGCCGUCGACGCGGCACCUGUUCGCGGCGAGCGGCGACGGGUCCGGGGCGCGGACCGCGCCGCGGCUCGUGCUCGACAAGCGCGCCGCGGCGGGCGACCACGCGUACCUGCGGUACCGGCGGCGGGUGCGGCUGCCGGGCGCGGUCCGCGCCGUCGACGCCCAGCGCGCGCCGUACACCGCGGCGGACGAGUGGUCGACGCUGGCGCUGGCGCGGCUGCUCCCGCCGCCGCCCGCCGGCCUCGACGUCUGGGCCGACCUCGCGCGCGACGUCUUCGCCUUCGUGCAGCAGGCGCACCCCGCGGCCCCCCCGCCCGCCUACCUCCCGCACUUCCGCGGCGCCGCGCUGCCCGACGCCCACUGGCUCUUCGCCGUGCGCCGCCUCGCGCUGCGCCCGCCGCCCCGGCCCGCCCUCGCCGCCCGCGUGCCCCCCGCCGACGCCGCCCUGCUCGCGCGCAUGCGCCGCCUCGCCGCCGUCUACCUCGUCGUCGCCGAGGUGCCCAGCGGCCGCGACCGCAACAACGUGCGCCAGCGCGCCGGCCGCGACCCCCCGCCCACGCCCGACGCCCUCGGCUUCAUGCCCGUCGACGACUUCCGCGCCGCCUCGUCCUGGCCCGCCGGGCUCGCCGCCCGCGACGCCCUCGGCCGCUUCUUCGCCGACCACGGCCUGAGCGUCGACGUCCAGGUCGUCGUCGACUUGUACUAGCGAAUGGCUCCGCGGGACGGAAACCGGCAGGCAGCGAGGCUGCCCGUUGGAGGUGUACGGGGACGUCUCCUAGGUAACGUGAGGAAAGGUAAGGGCUGCCUAGUCCAUUAAUAGUAGCUCGAAGACUUACGGCGGAAUAGUGGCGGAGGAUUUUGCCGCUUCCAUGAGAUGAUUUAUGAUAAACGAGGUCUGAGUAUGCGAGAUUUGUGACUUCUAAUGUACUUGUGAGACGGUAUUCCCGCGUAUUAUUGCACAUAAAAGCUGAUGAUAUUGCGAGGCCGAUAUAAUGGUGACUGGGGGGUGAGUGAGCAUUACUUAAAGAGAUUGAACAGGAAAGGAAACAUAAAAAUAAAGCAGAGCGCAUGCUUCAGUAUAUUUUCACGUACUAAACACCCUUUUGAGUCUCAUUUUUCGUAAUUCUUUCUGUCUAAAUGUUGAAUGUAUGUAAGUAGGCGGAUGGUGGGAGACUGCAUGCCAUGACCAG